GAGUUUCAGCGAAGAAAGAAAGAAAGAAAGAAAGAAAGAAAGAAAGAAAGAAAGAUCAUCAUCAGAAGAAGAAAUCUUGCGAUGGAUGAUGAUCAUAAGAAACCGCCGACGAUGGAGGAGAUUCACGAGAUGAUGAUAAGCUCCUUUAUGACUAAGAUCACAUCUUCUUCGAGACAAGUCGCUAGAGUCCUUCUUGAAGCUCAUCAAUGGGAUGUGGACGCUGCAGUCUCCGGCUUCAACGACGCCAACUCCGUCGCCGUCGCAACCAACACCGCCGACGGAUGGAGAAAUGUUGCAAACCCUAGAGACCCACGACUCUCUGCAGCUCGAACUCUGUCUUCGAUUCUCCGAGUAGACAUCCCUGUUUCAUCAUCUCCUCCUUCGAGUCCGAUACGGUUGCGAUCACCACGGUCUCCUUCUCGUGCACGUCAUCAUCCGUUUAGCAGGGAGACGAUUCAAAGCGAUGAGCAAAAGCACGAUGUUGAUGACACUGCUGAAGAGUCAGAUGAUGUCGAAAGAGCUCCUCCUCUACUACCAUCAUCAUUACCAAGAAGACUAAAAUUCAGAAGCAUGAGCGAGAUUCUUUCAGUUAUUCCUCAAGUGAUCACGCGCAUUGUCACUGUUUGGAGGAAUGGUCUCACUCUCGAUGAUAAUCCCUUAUGGACAUUUGAUGAUCCCCUAAGUAAAGCGUUCCUCGAGAAAAUUGAAAGCUUGGAGUCACCACGUGCAGUCGAUUCCCGAGAUGGCAAACAGCGUUUCCUUGUCAAAAUCAUUAGGCGUCAACAAGAAGACUACCCUGGGUCGUCAUCACCUAAACCAUUCCAACCAUUCUACGGUGUGGCACGAACCCUAGCCAAGUCAGACGACACUGUCUCUACUGAGCCACCAGCUUCAUCAGACUCAGUGACCACAGAACCAACACCAUCAGCGGAUCCCACAGCGCCAACAACCUCGAUCCAGCUCGUAUUAGCAGAUGGCACACGCCUUAACUCCCGGUUCAAUACUCACCAUACCAUCAGAGACGUUCGAGACUUCAUUGACGCGGCUAGACCAGAUGCCUCCAGAGACUACCAGUUACUCAUCAUGGGGACGUUUCCUCCUAAACCACUGACUGACUUAGACCAAACCAUCGAGCAAGCUGGCAUCUCCAACUCUGUUCUCACCCAGAAGCCCUAGACCUUUUGCUUAAGCACAUAAAAGAUCAGUUCGAUAGGUUACAAAUGUUGAUAUCAUUUAAGAAAACAUUUUUUUGUUGUUGUUUUGACUUUCUUCUCUCUGGGCUAAAAGUCUUUAAGGUGCUUAACCCUCUUCUUGUACUUAGAAUAUAAAUAAAGGAAG